AUGAAUCGCAUCUCAACGAACUUUCGCGGGCGCACCGGCAACGCCUGGCUGUUCUCGAGGGUGUACAAUGUAUCGGAAGGUUACGUGGAGGAUCGGAUGAUGACAACUGGUCAGCACAGCAUAGUUGACAUCUACUGCAACCGCUGCGGCAGCAACUUGGGUUGGAAGUACUUGGAGGCCAGCCAAGAGUCGCAGAAGUACAAGCGUGGAAAGUUCAUACUGGAAAAGAGAUUGCUCAGAGGGCACAGCGACGAGGACGAUAGUAGCAGUGAUGAUUAG